AUGAAUCUAACAAUAAAUUGUGAUAUGGGAGAAAGUUAUGGAAUCUGGAAAAUGGGAAAUGAUAACGAACUGAUGUCGCAUGUUCAUUUGAUCAAUGUUGCCUGUGGUUUUCACGCUGGUGAUUACAAUGAAAUGAACAAAACCAUUCAACUAGCCAAACAACAUUCUCAUAUCAAAAUUGGUGCACAUCCAGGCUUACCGGAUUUACAAGGCUUCGGCAGACGUGAAAUGAAAAUGAAUCCUGAUGAGAUCGAAAAUCUCAUUGUUUAUCAAGUUGGUGCUUUACAAGCAUUUUUAAAUAAAGAAGGUUUACCGUUACAUCAUGUCAAAGCUCAUGGUUCAUUAUAUAGUAUGACUGCUCAUGAUGAAUUAAAAUGCGAUGCACUAUGCAAAGCUAUUCAAUACUUUUCCAAAAAUCGUAAUGAUAAGGAAAUUAGAGACAACAACGAAAUAAAAUUAAUUGGUCUGGCAAAUACUUAUCAUGAAAUUUGUGCCAAAAAAUUCAACAUCCCAUUUCUUGCUGAAUUUUUUGCCGAUUUAGAAUACAAUCCUGAGGGUAAAUUAAUCAUAACUCGUCAACACGAUCCGAUCGAUUUGAAUAAAGUAAUAAAACAUGUUCAAUUAGCAUUAAAUGAAAGGAAAAUUCUCGCAAACGAUAAUACCACUGAAAUAUUCAAUCGUUUUGAUACAAUAUGUAUCCAUUCUGAUACCCCAAAUUCUGUUGAUGUCGCUGAAACGGUCAAUCAUCUCUUAAAACAAUGGAAAGAAACGAAACAAAAUCAAGAAAAUACUAUCAAAAUCCUAGUCGCAAACCGUGGUGAAAUUGCUGUACGAAUUCUUCAAACAUGUCGAAGACUAAACUUAAAAGCAGUGACGAUUUAUACUGAACCAGAUGAAUAUUCUUUACAUACUUUGAAAUCCGAUGAAUCUGUAUUCAUAUCGGAUUACAUGAAUACUGAUGAAAUUUUUGAAAUUUGUAAAAAAUAUCAUGUCAAUGCUUUACAUCCAGGAUAUGGAUUUUUAAGUGAAAAUUCUCAGUUUGUAAAAAGAUUGGAAGAUGAAAAGAUUACAUUCAUCGGACCACGAUCGGAAACUAUUCACAGUUUUGGUUUAAAACAUUAUGCACGUGAUUUAGCGAAGAAAUUAAAUAUUCCGAUCAUCCCUGGCUCGACAGGUUUAUUGCCCGAAAAUAAUAAUGAAGCUUUUCAACUGGCAAAAAAUGAUAUUGAGCGAAUUGGUGGUUAUCCGAUAUUAGUCAAAGCAACAGGUGGCGGUGGUGGAAUUGGUAUGCAAAUAUGUCAUAAUGAUGAUGAUCUUUUAUCAGCAAUCGAACACUGUCGAAAAAAGGCUUCAAGAUAUUUUGAUAAUGGUGAUAUAUAUAUUGAAAAAUAUUAUCCUAAUAGUCGACAUAUUGAAGUACAAAUUUUUGGCAAUGGUAAUGGUGAUAUUAUUCAUUUAGGUACUCGUGAAUGUUCAAUUCAAAGAAGGUAUCAAAAAAUAAUCGAAGAAUCACCUUCACCUUUCUUUGAAAAUAGUAAUCAAAAUAUAUUAGACGAGCUGUUUCAUUGUGCAAAGAAAUUAGCCGUAUCAGUAAACUAUAAUUCAGUUGGUACAGUGGAGUUUCUAUUAGUAGAUAAUGGUCCAAAUGAUGAAGAUACUGGAGCAUUUUACUUUCUAGAAAUGAAUACUAGACUACAAGUAGAACAUGGAAUUACUGAAUUAGUAACUGACAUAGAUUUAGUUGAAUGGAUGAUAGAAUUAAGUUUAAAAGAUCAGAAAUAUGAAUUCAAUCAUUUAUUACAAAAUUCUAUCAUUGAUUUUAACAAUCGUAUUCAAUAUGUGUAUGCCCCACAUGGUCACGCAAUGGAAGUACGGAUUUGUGCUGAGGAUCCACUGCAUGAUUAUAUGCCAUCAGAAGGUUUGAUUACAUUUCUCCAGUGGCCAGAUCAGUAUCCUUGGUUAAGAAUUGAUAGUUGGAUUACAACAGGAACGAAUAUUACAUCGAAUUAUGAUUCCUUACUCGCUAAAGUACUAGUUCAUGGUGAUAAUCGUGAUCAGGCAAUGAAGAGAAUGAGAACAGUCUUGGAUCAACUAAUCAUAUCUGGUCCCAUUACAAAUCUUCUUUUACUAAAAACUAUUUUUCAAAAUGAAGAUUUUAUUACGGGUAAUACUACUACAAAGUUACUCGACUCGAUUACUUAUACUCCCGAUGGUAUUUAUGUCUUCAGAUCUGGUACUGAAACGACAAUUCAAGAUUAUCCUGGACGAUUAGAUCUACGUGUAUAUGGUAUCCAACCAUCUGGUCCUAUGGAUCAACUAUCUUUUCAAUUAGCUAAUUUAAUUAUUGGCAAUAAACUCCAUACGGAAUGUUUAGAAAUCACACACUCUGGUCCAAAAUUAUUAUUUUAUAAAUCAUCAACUAUUGCUAUCACUGGUGCUCUAUUCAAAGUUGAAGUACUUCUACCUGAUUCAAAAUAG